GCGAGCGACGUUCUUUUCUGCGCAUGCGCCCUAAACGGAGGUGGGCCCGCUGAGGCGAGAAGAUGGCGCCGCCUCUGCUGUCGCUUUUUAGGAGGCUUUUCUUCGUCUGAGAUCCCUAAAGUAGGAGUGAAAAAGCUGGCAGACGCUCUGUGUGGUCCCUGUUGAGUAGAUACCUCAUUGUGAAGAUGAACCCUAACGCUCCUUUUGGUGGACAGCCGCCUGGAGUUUUCCAGGCACCACCUAAGAGUUCUUCUGGAAUGAUUCAGGUUCAGCCACCUCUCCAGUUUGGCCAGCUCUCUCUGUUUGGAUCAAACAGUGGAGGAGGGGUAAAGAAUCUAGGCUUUGCACCCUCAUCUGACUUCACAAGAACUUCAGAACUGCACAGUCCGUCGGGUCAAACUUUGGGAUUUGGGCAGCCCCUGGGAUUUACACAGCCUUAUCCUUUUGGGCAUGCAACAUCGUUCGUGGCUACUUCCACACCAGCCAGUUCAUCCGUUGCCAGCAAACAAGGAUUCAGUUUUAAACCGCCUACAAAUCUUGGGGCAUCUCAGGUUUCUUCAAAGUUUGGAAAUACAUCUGGAGAAAUGUCAGGCAGUGUCUUUGCAGGACCAGAUUUUAGCUUCAAAACUCCUGAGAAUGCAAUGUUCAAGCCAAUUUUUGGCAUUGGUUCGGAACCAGAGAAAACACAAAGCCAAACCAUCCCAAAUCCAUUCACAUUUUCCUUUCCCGGUGAGAGUGGAUCUGGAAGACUUGCCCCCUUUGGCAUUCCCCAGGAAACCAGCAGCUCAAGCUCUACAGUGCAUUUCAGCUUUUCUAAACCAGUCAGCAACAGUACAACUCUGGCAUCUUCCUUCCCUGCUACCUUACCAAGCAAAACCAACGAGGAUGAUAAAAAAGGGCCUAUAAACCCCUUUGCAAAUCCUAGCAGAAGCUUUGCUGCUUUUUCUCACUUGUCUGGUGGGUCAAGCAGACCAGAGCGUGAAGAAUUUGUAGCUCCAAGUGAGCCUGUGGAGAAGGGAACGAAAAGAAAGGAAGAGCAAGAUCAUUCCCCAAGGAGGCGAGAUUAUGACAUUGCGGAUGAGCCAGAGCUUCAGUCGAGGAGUGACUAUUCUUCCAAUAAGCGUCUGGUGAGGCUGACUCGGCCUCGGGCAGGGGGCCUCUUCAGUGUAACGUUGCAGGAUGUUCUGAAAAGCAACAAAGACGAGCGUCCUAAGAAAGAGACCAAAAUGGAGAGAGUCUCCCUGGAGUCCGGAGAGCUGGAACAGACGAGUGCAGCAGGGGGAAGCCAUUCUAGUUUGGCAUUGGCCAGGCCAUCUGUGUUACAGAAAGAGGAAGAAAAUAAGGCAAAGCAGAAGGAAAAGGUUUCCGUCUCAAAUCCCUUGCGUCGAAAUCGGAACAGCGGGAGCACAGAAAGCCUUGGGGGCUUGCCACCAAGCGAACUAAAAGCCUUCCAAUGCAAAAAUAUUCCUGAUUACCUAAAUGACAGAACUGUUCUUGAGAAUCACUUCAAGAAGUUUGUUAAAAUCCAUCGUAUUUAUACCAACAGAAGCAAAAAGCUGGCGGUUGUUUACUGUUUGGAUCAUGCAUCUGCUGCUUUGGCUAGAAAGAAAGCCAAAGUGCUACAUAAAGAAAUAGUGACGUUUUGGCACAAGAAGAAACCAAGUCCAAAUAAGAAAGAGUAUUCAUCCAAGGAGCAGGAGGGAGAUGUAAGUGAAGGGAAGCAAAAAAAUGACCAGCCGAGUCAUCAGCAUUCCUUGCAAAGCAAGUCUUUAAUCCGAUCGACGGUUGCUGGGAGCCUUUUGAGCAAAAGCUCUCCAGUUAAGAAGCCUGGUCUUAAAAAGUCUCUACAGUUUGAGGCAGAUACCUUUGAUCCUGGGUCUGAAAGCCACGGUUUGGAGAACCUGGAAGCAUCUGCAUCAUCUCUCAGUAAUCUCAUAGGCCUGGUAGCAGAGUCCUCUGAAGAUAAAUACCGCCUUCUCGACCAGAGAGAUAAAAUCAUGCGGCAAACUCGAGUGAAACGAACAGAUCUCACCCAGACUUUUAUCGGCACGUGCCCAGAUAUGUGCCCAGAGAAAGAACGAUACAUGAGAGAGACGAGGAACCAGCUCAGUAUCUUUGAAGUGAUUCCAGGAACCGACAAGGUUGACCACGCAGCUGCAAUAAAGGAGUACAGCAGGUCUUCGGCAGACCAGGAAGAGCCUUUGCCGCAUGAGCUGAGGCCUUUGGAAGUGCUGAGUAUGACCAUGGACUAUUUAGUCACUCAAAUCAUGGACAAGGGAGAAGGGAACUUCCGAGAGUGGUACGAUUUCGUAUGGAAUAGGACUCGUGGGAUAAGGAAGGAUAUAACCCAGCAGCAUCUCUGCACUCCUCUGACGGUUUCCUUGAUUGAGAAAUGCACUCGUUUCCACAUCCACUGUUCCCACCACCUGUGCGAAGAGCCAAUGUCUUCUUUUGAUGCUAAAAUCAACAACGAGAACAUGACUAAGUGCCUCCAGAGCCUGAAGGAGAUGUACCAAGACCUGGCCAACAAGCAGAUUUACUGUAAGAACGAACCUGAAUUCAGGGGAUACAAUGUCCUCCUGAACCUCAACAAAGGAGAUAUUCUCAGAGAAGUCCAGCAGUUUCGUCCCGAAGUGCGGAACUCCAGUGAAGUCCGAUUUGCAGUUCAAGCCUUUGCUGCAUUAAACAGCAAUAAUUUUGUGAGGUUUUUCAAACUUGUACAAGCAGCUUCUUACCUGAAUGCAUGCUUACUACAUUGCUAUUUCAGUCAGAUCCGCAGAGACGCUCUGAAGUCUCUCAAUAUUGCAUACACUGUGAAUGCUCAGAGGUCGACCAUCUUUCCACUGGACAAUGUGGUUCGCAUGUUACUCUUCAGGGACUCUGAAAGCGCAAGUGCUUUUAUCAGCUACUAUGGCCUCAGUGUGUCUGAUGGUUUUGUGGAGUUGAAUCGUUCAGCCUUUUUGGAACCAGAAAGCUUACACAAACCAAAGAAGUCGCCAUUUGUUAGCCAGAAGCUAAAUGGGCUGGUGGGGGAAAUUGUCUGUGGGGGACCUCUGCCAGCCGUAACUUGCCAUGUACCUGUGUGCAGUUUCAACGGGCAAAACAAAUACACUGGGGAGAGUGCUGCGGUGGAUUUGGCCAGCAGUAGUCAGAAAGCCAGUGCCGAUGCCUCAGAAGCAAAAGCAGAAGGAGAUGAAAUGGACUUAGAGCCGCGUCAGGUUCACCCCCCACCGUUGGCUUUGCCACUCCAGCCGGCCCCCUUGCCUUGUGCUGCAGUCUCUGCCUUUCAGCCUCUUCCACAGCCAGCAGCACCUCCUCCUCCUCCUCCGAAACCUCGGCCUGCUUAUUGUGACACGGACAUAGUGGGAGUAGUCGAAGAGCUGGUGCAUGAUGUGCUGGAGGCGGAAUGUAGAGAAGUCGGCGCUGCAGGGGCAGCCUACAUGCAAGCUGCAAGAUGGAUGUCUGAUUCUACUGCAAAUGAACUCAUGUCAGAAGUGAUGCUGGAAGCCUUGAGGAAGAUUGCUUCUAAUACCUUAAAUGCAGAAAGAGAGCGAUUUGAAGAGGAAAAACGGCGGGCUGAAGAACAGAGACGAAAGCAAGAAAGAGAGAAGUUCAUAACUUUGCUGAGCCAAUCUUUGGGUGCAGAAUUCACAGAAGAAGUAGUAAAGGAAAUUGUGGGAGAGGUUUCAGCUAAAGAGUUACGGUGUGCUUUGGAGGAAGACCACAGAGCACGCGUUGCCCGUUGCUCAAAGGAAGUCUGUGCUGAAAUAGUGGGCGUGUCUCUGGAAGAAGAGAUUUUCCACUGUGCUAAGGAGACGCUGCAGGAACUCCAGUGCUUCUGCAAAUACUUACAGCGGUGGAGAGAAGCUGUUAUAGCCCGAAAGAAACUGAGGCGUCAGAUGAGAGCCUUCCCGGCAGCUCCAUGCUGUGUAGACCCCAAAGACAAGCUGAAGGCCCUGCUGCCCAGUGCAGAGUGCCCUACAGCCCAAGAGAACCUGGUGAGAGGGAUUGUAGACCUUGGGCGCGCUGGGAAGCUUGGCACCUCUUGCUGCAGACUUGCAUGGUUACGACAGAAGGCGAGCCACCAAAUGAAAGUGCAGUAUUUUUACCAGCAGUUAUUACGUGAUGCAGUGUGGACUCCGCUGGACCUGCCAUCCUUGGUUGCUGAAAAUAUUCCAAAGCAGCAAGAAAACGUCUUCUGGAAGGUGCUUUUGGUGCUGCCGGAUUACGAGGACCUCCCAGUGGAGGAUCACAGCAGAGUCCUGGCAGAUUGGUUGAAAGCGAAAUUCACCAUUGGUAAAAAUGUCAAGGAUCCCGCAGCUAAGGCAGAUAAUGGACUCCAGACACUUUCUUUACAUACCUCUCAUCACAUGCAGAGCGAUCAGGCUGUUUGCGUUAAAGUGUGCGUAAAGGUGUCUCACGGAACGCUCAGCCUCCCGGAACUGGAAAAAGUGGAGAAUCGGAAAGAGCUCUUCGGCACCAGCGGGCUCAUUCUCCUGCUGACCCCUCAAGUGAGGAGCGAGGACAUCACCCAGGAAGACGUUUACUGGCUUUCUGCCUUGCUUCAGUUGAAACGGCUCCUUCAGGGAAAGCCUUUCCAUCCGGUGGUGCCUCUGGUGGUUUUCGUUCCAAGCCAUGGAGGAGGAGAAGCCAUCCAAAAAGAAGCUGAAGAAGGGUUGAUGCUGCCGGAUUUGAUUUCAGCUAACCUUAUUUCAGACUACAUCGUUGUUGAACUGCCAGAUUCCGUCAGUGACUUGCAAGGCACCAGCAAAUUGACUGAAGCAGUGCAGUGGCUGGUGGCUCAGUGCCCCAGUUCCCUCCAGCUCGGCUGCCAGACGCUGACAGAGUACGUCGAGGAUGGCAUUGACCAGGAAUUCAACCAGCAUUUCUACCAAGACAGGAAGGAGAGGCGUGAGGCUGGCUUGCCCUCCCAGGACCCCAGCACCAUCAUAGAGCUAUACAAUAGUGUGAUACAAUUCCUGGCCGACGUCUGCUCUUCGGAAGAGCUCCAUGACCUGUCCUGGCCCGUAACAGAAUUUGUGGAACCUGGGGGCAACAAAGCACUUCCCCAUCUGCAAUGGAACACACCCAGCCAUUUGGCCUGGCUGAAGAAAGCGCUCCUGUCCUUCCAGAUCCCUCAGAUGGAUCUCCCUCCUUUGGGUGCUCCCUGGCGUCUUGUUUACACCAUGAUUCUCCAGUAUUUGUCCCAGACGGCCAGUUCUCCUCAGACCCAAGCAGUCCUUCAGUCUCAGAUAGAGAGCUUGCUGAGCAGCAUAUAUGUCAAGUGGAGGGGCAGGAUGCCCGUCAGCUCAGAAGACGACGGCCCGUCUGUGGAAGAGAUUCCUUGGGACAGUAUUUUGGCCCUCUGCAUCAACCACAAACUGAGGGACUGGAAACCUCCUCGCUUGCCAGUAGUGCCGGAAGCAGUGAGCAAAGAUGGGCAGGUGCACGUGUAUUUUGUGAAGGAGCACUUGAGAAAAUUUGUCCGUCCACCUUUAUGGGAAGAAGCUCGACUGAAAACUCAAAAAGAGGUCCAGCGGAGUCGAGGAAGGUCCGUGAUGAAGCCUCAGGCUUUCCCGCAGCCGUCUUUUUGCUCAUUUUCUCUGGCGAAAUUUGAUGCUAGUAUGAGAAACAUGAGUGACGAGGAACUGCGUGCUUCCUCUGCAGCGGAUCUCACGCUGACUGUUUCACAUCUGGAACAUCGCUUAGAGCACCUGUCUGCCAUGCUGCAGCUGGAAAAAACGGAGAGCAGGAGGUUUGAUGAGCAGCUGCAGCAGUUGUUAGUGAGCGACCCUGAGCCUUUAUGGGAGCCGCAGUCUCUUCCUCUUUACCUUCCUGAGGCUUUGGUAUCUAUGCCUCAGAUUAUCCCCCCAGUGGCAAAAAGAUCUGCGCCAAGAAGCCCAGAGAUCCUGAAGGACACAGAGCCCUCCCUAGCACACAGACUUCAGUAUCUGAAGCACCUGCUCAGGGCUAGCAAAGAAGAGGAGGCGACUUGUGGACUCCACCUGGCUACUGUGUUGGACAUGACAAAUGCCUGAUCGGGACUAGCCUAACUGUGUGGGGAAAGAGAGCUCGCUGUGGAUGGGAAACCCGAACGAGUGACUCCGAGAAGGGCUUUUGUGUCUCAUUGCUCAGCGGGAUUUACUUUGUUGUAUGAAUUGCCUCCACUUGAUUCGAUUGAACAAAUAAGAAUAUAAAUAUGCGUUGAGAAGAACCCAGCAACCUCAGCAGAGAAGAUGUCACACUGCUUCAGUUCUUUCAGGCUGUUGACUCGCAGGUGGUUGUAGAAUAUUGUUGGAAUUUUCCUCAUGAUCAAGUCAAAUGGGUUUUUGGAUUAUUUGCGUUCAUUUUGUAUUUUGGCAUGUGUACUUGGAAGGAAGCUUCAUCAAACUCACUGGGAUUUCCAAGUAACUUUCUUUGUACUAAGUGCAUGCUUUUGAAGAGCUUCUGUAUAUGGUGAACGCAGCGAAUCAUCUGGCCCCUGGAUGGGUUGGAUUGUUGCCUUACAGCGGUCUGGCUCAGGCAACUUUCGUGCAUCUGACCUCCCAAUUACUUAACGUGGAUUAGUAUUUUUUCCCGUAUUGAGAGUCCUGCUUAUAGAUCAGCAUAGAAUUUGCUGUGUGUACAUGCAACGAGUUGCAUGCAGGUAUGAAGACCUGAUGCAAUUGGUGGCCUCUCCAGGGACUGGUUCUCACCCCUCUGUGGAAGGGACUUCCAUGUCAGUUUCUGUGCCCAUAUUGGGAUGAUCCCCGGGAUCUGUCUCAAAGAUAUUAAUCUUUGAUAUGGUGAGUGGCAGGUGAAGCCGAGUCCCUCGUGCACCUUGUUACAGAUCUAAUGUUCUCAGCGGAAGUGUCUUAGGAACGGGGAUGCUUUUUCUUUUUUCUCCAGAAUUCUGAGCAGUUCUUGGUUCCAAAGGGUUUUUUUAAAAAAUAAAACUAUAAACCUCAGUCCUCAAAGACAAGAGGCUUGAGUGUGUAUCCAGAUCAACUUGACUCUUAAUUGAGAUUUGUGCAAGAGAAGACGUAGUUUGUUAAUGCAACUUUUGGCUUUUCUACUGGCUGAAGGAUCUUAAAGAUUGUAUUGCUUAAGAGAGAACAUAUUUUAAUCAAGGAUUAUUUGAACUCCACAUGACUAUUUAAGUAGGUCCAGUCUAAGGGGGACUUUCUUUGUUAGCGAGAACACCGUCAUCACCUGUCCCCAUGAUAAGAAAAUGUAACUUGCUUAUCUUCCCCUUCAUGGCUUCAAGCACAGGCAGAAAAAAGGCAAGGUAUCUCAUGCAUUUCUUAGGAUAGUUGUCUCUCUUGCCCACAGGUAGACACACGUCUCUCCUACGCAUUAGUUGAACAGUCAUUGAAUUGCUGUGUUCUCUUGGGGUCCCCUAGAGGAUGUCGGCUCAGUAUGAGAGCACCAGUCGGACCCAGCAGCCAUUUUACAGCUGGUUCUUCAGGAGCCGAGUUAUGAAUUUGUUGUUUUUUCUUUAAAUGUUUGCUGUUUUGGAUUUUUAUCAUUGGCGCGCUUGCCUUUUAAUUAAGCACAAUGUGUGCAGAUGCUGGUGUUUAUAUUGUAAUAGAUAACAUAAUUCCAUGAUCCUGGUGUUUUUCUUCAAAGUGGCUUUUUUUGCCCUUAGUGCACCGUGUUGAAUAAAGGACGUGCUUUUAUUGGCCAGGAAACCGGUGAUGUAGAAUAAAUUAAAAAAAUAAUAAUGAUAUUUUAAAUUAUAUAUAUGGACAAGUUUAACAUGUAAAUAUAGCUGGUUUGAAUAA